AUGGGCCUUCACCCAUAUGCGCUGACGCUGGCCUUCUUUGUCAUGCUCUUCAUCUUCGAACCACGCGCGAAGUUGAUCUCCACCGUCGCUAGAAGCACGGACAGUGCCGAAAAGCGCGAGCAAAGGGCAGGGGCUGAGCUCAGUUCCUUGAUCUCUGAAGGGUCAUCUUCAUCUGCAACCUGCAAGGGGCCGAAGCUGAUUAUUCAUGUUGGGCCGCCAAAAACAGGAACAACGGCCAUCCAAGAAUUCCUGGUGAAAAAUGCCGGCUGGCUUCAUGGGGCGUUAGUGUGGGUUUCCAUGGCAUUGCCGAACAAAGGUUCGGUGUUGUUUGAAUUUUCUCGUUGGUCACCUCUGAGCGCAGGCAAUGGGAAGACGGCAUUGUUGAAAUCCUUGCGGCUGUCAGAGGAGAAAGUGAAGCAGAAACUGAAAGACGGGCUGGGCUUUCUCCAGUCCAAGCUGAACUCAUCUCAGCUGGUGGUCUUGUCCAGUGAGGGCUUCCAGAUAUUCGAUAACAAGUCGUGGCAGUGCUUCAGAUCAGAAAUUAGGGCAGACACCUGCCAAACUGCAGUGGUGUUUCACCGGAGCUCUGCUACCUGGAAUGCAGCACGCUGGUCACAGGGCUCCAAGCACGACAGCUCCCCCAGGAGUUUCUCUUCGUAUGUGGCAGACAAAAUGGACGUCCCGGCCGAUGCACAUGGAGACAGCGACACACAGCUGCAGCAGCUGAACCGGCUGAGACCCUUUCACAGAGUGAUUCCCGUUUCCUAUGACUAUCUGAAGGAGGUCAACUGCAGUGGCGCAGCCUUCCUGAUCUGCAAUGCUAGCCUUGGCCUGACAGGCAAGAAGUGGUUGCAGUGCAGGAACUCUGUGAACGGUCGCAGCUCGAAGCUUCGGAACAAGUCCCCACCUCAUGCGGCAAUUGAUGUGGUCCGAUUGGCGCGGGAUUUUUACGAGAUGAAGCAGGCAAUGCGAAAAAACAGAUCGAGAUGCAAGCCCUGGCCCAUCGGCAGGUGGAGCGACGGCUACUUGUUCAGACACCCUGAUAUGAUGACGUCUACGAACCCUGCCGUCAUCCAGGUGGCGAAGCAAAUCCCGGUAAAGUGUGAAAAGUUCGACGGCUUGUUCCACAGCGAGACUCGGAAGUGGUUUUCACGGACAGGGGCCAAAAAGCCCAGUUCCGGCUCCAAGGACAUCUGUACUGCAGAUGUUGCUUCCUUCGAAGCAAAGCACUGGCGGUUGAUCGGCAAGAUCGCACCCGACUGCUAG